AUGUAUUUAUUUUUGCUGUAUGCUACAAAAGCAGCAGCGAUAGCCUUUUACGAGACGUUGAAAGUUGAAAUUGGGAGGGAAGUUGGAAUAACAAUCGUGACUCCGGGAAUGAUUGAAUCGGAAAUUUCGCAAGGAAAAUUCUUAUCCAAGGAAGGCCAAGUGGUAUUAGAUCAAGAAUUGAGAGAUCUUGAAGUAAGCAUAAUACCGAUCUUGCCGGUGAAGGAGGCCGCCAAAUCAAUCGUGGACAGCGCAUGCCGAGGAGAAAAUUAUUUGACAGUACCAGCUUGGAUUUGGCAGUCAUUUUACUGGAAGGUGUUUUUCCCUGAGAUACUGGAGUGGUGUAACCGUACGCUUCUUAUAAGUAAAGCGGGCAAUGACGAGAGGGAUACGCUGAGUAAGAAGCUCCUGUACCUAUCUGGCCUGAAGCAGCAUCUGUAUCCAGAGACGGUUCGAGACCCUCAUGUUAAAGAACAAUGAUGCAAGAUAAACCCUUUUCAGAUUAACAAAUCUAGUUUGAUAGUACGUAAAUUGAAAGACGAAGUUUCAUUGGCAAGAUAUGUAAAUGAUUAUGGUCAAUUACAUUUUCCAGUAUGGCUAGAACUAGUCUUAUUAAGUACUAUUAUCAACGAAACUCAACACAACGGUAUCUAGCAUGUUCCAAAUGUC